CCUUCUUCUCCCCGCCCUCUUUGGAGAGCAGACUGCGGAGGUGGGGAGGGGGUGCUGCGACCCGCUUUCCUAUGUCUCCCCGCCGGGGUCGCGUGGGGCUUUCACUUCCCAAGCUCCCGCAUCUCUGGGUUCCUGUUUAGGGUGUGCGCCUGCAAAAGCGGUAACGAGUGGUUGCUCAAUAACUCUCCGGCUCACUUAUAGAGUUGGCUUCGGGCGGCACUUUCUGCAGAGUAAACCUUCCUCUCUCCGCCUUGAGAAGCUUGUGUAUGACCUUUGUUGCCGUUCUGCUUCUCUCCAAGACGAGGGCUGAGUGGUUUCAUCCUUGUCUUCGCCUACCAGGCCUCUGUCCUGUCCUUCCUGAGCAGUUCUGGCUCCCUGUCCCCCUUCUCUUUCUUUCUCCCCCCCCCCCUUUCCGCAGUGUCAAACAUAAACACCUGCUGCCGCCAGAGUAGUUCUCCUUUCUCUUCUGGAGUUUAGGCUUUGCUGAGUUUUGCAUUUCAAAGAAAGGUUGGCGUCCUCUUGCCCCAGUUACUGCAAGGCUGUUUGGUACUUUCCCCCCCAUCUUCUGAGGGUGCCAUUUUUUUUAAAAAAUCCUCAUCUACCUUUGUUUUUAUUUGGGUGAGAUGAAAGUGACAGUUUGUUUUGGCAAGACGGGGAUUGUGGUUCCCUGUAAAGAUGGACAAAUCCGGGUUAGAGAUUUAACCCACCAGGCUCUCCAGAGAUACUUAAGAACCAAAGAAAAGAAUCCUUCAUAUUGGGUGAAUGUUCACCAUCUGGAGUACACAGAUGGCGGAAUCCUGGAUCCAGAUGACAUCUUGGCAGAUGUUGUGGAAGACAAAGAUAAGUUGAUUGCCGUGUAUGACGAACAAGAUGCAUUCCCCAAAUCUGAUGACACAAACGGUAGUUUAACAGAAGGCAAUAGCCCAGAUGCUUUUGAGACUGAUGUCGCUGCCCAGCUAGCUGCAUUUCAACCUAUUGGUGGAGAGAUUGAAGUGACAUCCUCUGCUCUGAAAUUAGGUACUCCACUUUUGGUUAGAAGGAGUAGUGAUCCAGCUGUGGGACAACCAGCUGACUUUGUGGCAGGAGCUUCAUAUGCUAAUCAACAUAUUGUGAAGACCUCUGUGUCAUGUUCAGCACAAUCAUCUUCAGAAGCCUGGGAUUUCACUACACAUAAUGAUAUACUGACAUCUCAGAAAACAAAACUCAAUUUCAGUGGUGUGACAAGAAUCGUAGAGAUUUCUGGGGAAGGAGGCCCACUGGGGAUACAUGUGGUACCAUACUUUUCAUCCUUAAGUGGAAGGAUUCUAGGACUCUUCAUCCGUGGUAUUGAGGAAAGUAGCCGGUCUAAGCGGGAUGGACUUUUCUAUGAAAAUGAAUGCAUUGUGAAAAUUAACAAUAUUGAACUUGCAGAUAAAACCUUUGCACAAGCACAAGAUCUCUUCCGCCAAGCAAUGAAAUCUCAGAAUAUCAUCCUGGAAGUUGUCCCUUCUUAUGGCCGUGAACAAUACGAGAAGUUGGUCAUCGCACCAUUGUACUCCCCAGAUAAUGCCGAACACAUUUCAAAAGGAAAGUUUCCAUCUGCAGCCCUUCCAAAGCCAAUGAUGAAAGAUCUAGAUUUCUCUGGAGCGAACAAUCUAGAGACUGGUACGCAUGCGUCUGCCAAGAGUCCUAACUUCCCAAGAAUUAAUAGAAAGCCUUCAUCGCCAUCUUUAUCCCCACUAAUGGGCUUUGGCAGCAAGAAAAAUGCAAAGAAAAUAAGGAUUGAUCUCAAAAAAGGACCUGAAGGACUAGGUUUUACUGUGGUCACCAGGGACUCCUCCAUACACGGUCCUGGUCCUAUAUUUGUAAAGAAUAUUUUGCCUCGAGGUGCAGCAGUUAAAGAUGGCCGUUUGCAUUCAGGAGACAGAAUACUGGAGGUGAAUGGUAGAGACAUCACUGGCAGGACUCAAGAAGAGCUUGUAGCCACACUGAGGAGCACAAAACAAGGAGAGGUAGUUUCCCUGGUCAUUGCUCGCCAGGAAGAAACCUUUCUGCCUCGAGAACUGAAAGGAGAACCAUGUUGCAACAUUUUUUCAAUCGAGGCAACAGAGCAAUUGACUUUUGAAAUUCCUUUGAAUGAUUCGGGUUCAGCUGGACUUGGUGUGAGCUUAAAAGGCAACAAAUCUCGAGAGACAGGGGCUGAUCUUGGAAUUUUCAUCAAAUCUAUCAUCCAUGGUGGUGCUGCGUAUAAGGAUGGGCGGUUACGAAUAAAUGACCAGCUUAUUGCAGUAAAUAGUGAAUCUUUGCUUGGAAAAUCAAACCAUGAAGCCAUGGAGACUUUGAGACGUUCUAUGUCUAUGGAAGGAAACAUUCGGGGGAUGAUCCAACUAGUAGUUCUCAGGAGGCCAGAAAGGCAAACUGAAGUGGAAUACAAGGAACCUGAUAUAUUAUUUCCAAAACCAGAGGUUGAAGGGAAUAUUAAUUUUGCAAGCACUCCUAAGCAUAGUGAUGCUGCUGUACAGUGUUUUGUAACAUAUUGCCCACAGGAGAGGUUAAAAGAGUUUGAAAGCGGCAUGGCUGAAAAUGAGGUCCCACCUCCUUUGCCUCCACAUCCUAGUGAGAAGCUGUUCACAGAUUAUAAUCAUAGCAUAGUAGCAGAUUCAGAAGCUUUUUUGCCAAAUCAGCACAUCAGCUUCAGAUCUUUGACACUGGCCAAGCAGACAGAAACGAUUAAUCUGAAAGCCUCCAAGAGUAUGGACCUUGUGGCAGAUGAAAGCAAAGUUGCCUUGUUGACUGGUCAGAAACUAGAACCUUCUGGCAAGGAUAUUGGCCCCACCCUGGGUUUAAAAAAGUCAAGUUCCCUAGAAAGUCUCCAGACAGCUGUUGCUGAAGUAAAAAAGAAUGAGCUUCCAUUUUACAGGCCCAGGCCUCACAUGGUCCGUGGUAGGGGAUGCAAUGAGAGUUUCAGAGCUGCCAUCGAUAAAUCUUAUGACGGACCUGAAGACAUGGCAGAAGAUGGUCUGUCAGAUAAGAGCUCUCUUUCUGGUCCAGAAGGUCAGAACUUUACAAAAACCUUUCGCAUGAAUUCUGAAUUAGAAGAUGUGGAAGGGAAGACAAAAAAGCACAAGAAGACUGAAGAAAAAUUGAAAAUAAAAGAAAAAAAUAAAAAGCUUAAUCUCAAGAACAAAUCGAAAAUCAAUGAAAAGGACAAAAAAGAGGAAAAUGACAAUCCUGAAAAAAAAACAAAAAAGAAAAGUUUGGGCGCUAUGUUAAGAUUUGGCAAGAAAAAAGAAGAUAAAGGUGUAAAAAGUGAACAGAAGGGGAACUCCAAGCAUGGUACACUCAGAGAAGAAGACCUAGAAAAGAUGAAGGAGGAACGGGAAAGGAUUGGUGCAAAACAUCAGGAACUACGUCAGAAGCAGAUCAGAGGACUUCCUGAGUAUUCCACAGUUUCUAUGGGACCCCCACCUGAUCUUGAUGAUGAUGAGACAGACCCAAAUUACGCACGAGUGAAUCACUUCCGAAAAAUAUAUGCAGAUAUCAGCUCCUACCAGCUUUCUUCUCCACCUGUUUCUGAAGCUUUUGGUGGGUGCAAUAAUCCUGCAGCACCUCUGGACAGGGACCACUUAGAAGGAUUAUAUGCAAGGAUAAACAAGCCAUCCCAUCAGCAUGCUUCUGUUGAGAGUGAUCGUCCACCCAUUGGAACUGCUGAUCGCAUCCAGAAGUUACGUAAAGAGUAUCAUCAGGCAAGGAGAGAAGGUCUACCUUUAUAUGAUGAAGAGGAAGGUAGAGGAAGAUCAUCUGAUUAUGAUCAGCAUUGGGUGUCUGGAAAAGGUCCAGACGAGACUCCACACCACCUCCAGUUUGAAGGCAUAGAAAGGCAGUAUGCCUCCUUACCCAGGCAUGGAUCUGUAGAACCAAUGGAAUAUUUAGCAGGGCUACGGAUACCACACAAAGAAAGAGAUCUUCCUUAUUGUCCUCCAAGCCAACCUGCAGUUCACCCCUCCAAAGGGAGCUACCUUCAUCCACCAGAUGGCCCAAGAGCAACAGAGUUAUGGUAUUCUCAGUAUUUUCCACCACAGCCAGUAAUCCAGCACAAAGGACCUCUUCGCCAAGAUGUACCACCAUCCCCACCACAAGGCCACAGAGCUCCACCUUAUAAUGAAAUGGGCAGAAUAGGACACCGUCAAAGCACUCCUGAUCAGUACCAAUGCAGGUACCAAGAUCCAAGGCAGAAGGACCCUGUGACUGCAGCUGUAUAAUUGAAAGCUGAACUCUUGUUGAUAUUUUAUGGUUGACAUCAUCUUACAGUUAGUCCCACUGAAGUCAUUUCUGCACUCUCAGCCUAUAGCAUCUUCUAGAGUCAUCUACCCAUUGUUUUGCCAACAUACCAGUAAUAAGGACAGGCUUUUAUUUCUUCACCAAUGGCUGGGUGAUGCUAUGAAGAUGCUAUAAGUCACUCCGGGGGAAGUGCUCUUUAAUGCUGGCCGAUCUAUGACCAGGAUAUGUACUCAGCUAUAUUGCAAACUCAUA